CUCAUUCACCGCGCCGCUCCUCCAUCGCUUCUCCUUCUCCACGCAGCUGACUCUCCAGCGCUUGGCUGUUCAAGGGCGUCGUGCACUUCCCUAAGCUAGUGGCAGUGCAAUCUACAGUGCUGUUUUAGCUAUCCUGCAACGUACUUAGGAUCUCGAGAUCAUGAAGAUCACCGUGCAGUCCACCAAGGCCGUCAAGCCGGCGUACCCCGGCGGGGUGGCUCCGGCCGGCGCGCCGGGCGUCGUGCCGCUCACGGUGCUCGACAAGGCCAACUUCGACACGUACAUCUCCGUCAUCUACGCGUUCCGGCCGCCGGCCCCGUGCAACGCCGCGCUCGAGGACGGGCUCGCCCGGGUGCUGGUCGAGUACCGCGAGUGGGCGGGGCGCCUCGGCGUGGACGCCGAGGGGAACCGCGCGAUCCUGCUCAACGACGAGGGCGCGCGGUUCGUGGAGGCCACCGCCGACGUGACCCUCGACAGCGUGAUGCCGCUCGAGCCCACGCCCGCGGUGCUCGCCCUGCACCCCAGCGGCGACGACGCCGUCGAGCUCAUGCUCAUCCAGGUCACCCGCUUCGCGUGCGGCUCCCUCGUCGUGGGGUUCACCACGCAGCACAUCGUCGCCGACGGCCGCGCCACCAACAACUUCUUCCUCGCGUGGAGCCAGGCCACCCGCGGCGCGGCCCUGGACCCGGUCCCCGUGCUCGACCGCCAGUCCUUCUUCAGGCCCCGCGACCCGCCGCUGGUGGAGUUCGAGCACCGCGGCGUCGAGUUCAAGCCCUACGAGAAGCACGUGGUGGAGAGCCACGCCGGCCACGAUGAGGAGGUGGUGGUCCAGAAGGUUCACUUCAGCCGGGAGUUCAUCUCCAGGCUCAAGUCGCAGGCGUCGGCGGGCUUGCCGCGGCCGUACAGCACGCUGCAGUGCGUGGUGGCGCACCUGUGGCGGUGCAUGACGACGGCGCGCCGGCUGGGAGAGGGCCAGUCCACUAGCGUGUGCCAUGGCCAUGGCAGGACUGCCUACCACUUCCAUCCUGCCAAGAACUGGAUGAACGAUCCAAAUGGGCCUUUCUACCAUGACGGCAUGUACCACUUCUUCUACCAGUACAACCCGCACGGCCCGACGUUUGGCACGGGCAAGCUCUCGUGGGGGCAUUCCAUCUCCGGCGACCUCGUCAACUGGGCCUUCCUCGGCACCGCGCUCGACCCGACGUCGCCCUUCGACGCCGACGGCUGCUGGUCGGGCUCGGCGACCGUCAUCCCCGACGGCCGUCCGGUCAUCCUCUACACCGGGCGCGACACCAACACGGUUCAGGUGCAGAACGUGGCGUUCCCCAAGGACCCCUCGGACCCGCUCCUCCGCGAGUGGCACAAGCCCAGCUGCAACCCGGUCAUCCCGCAGCCAGCGGACGUGACGGGCAACAACUUCCGCGACCCCUCCACGGCGUGGCUCGGCCGCGACGGGCUGUGGAGGUUCGCCGUCGCCGCUGAGGUCAACGGCGUCGGCUCCACGCUCAUCUACCGCGGCGCUGACUUCGUUCACUGGGAGCGGAACGCUGCGCCACUGCAUGCCUCGCCGGAGGUCCCGGCCCUCGAGUGCCCCGACCUGUUCCCGGUGGCGGAGCGCGGCACGGAGGGGCUCGACACGUCGGCGAACGGCCCCGGGGUGAGGCGCGUGCUCAAGCUCAGCAAGAUGGCCGACGAGGACUACUACAUGGUCGGCUGGUACGACGACGCGGCGGACACGUUCGUGCCGGCCGAGGAGGAGCGAGGCGGCGACGUGACGAAGUGGCGGCGGAUCGACCACGGGCACCUGUUCGGCGCCAAGUCGUUCUUCGACGCGCGCAAGAAACGCCGUGUUCUGUGGGCGUGGGUCGACGAGACGGACGGGCACUCCGACGAUGUCGCCAAGGGCUGGACCGGAAUUCAGUCGUUCCCGAGAGCCCUGUGGCUGGACAACGACGGGAAGCAGCUGGUGCAGUGGCCGGUGGAAGAGAUCGAGACGCUGCGGAAGAAGCAAGUCACUCUGCUGGGCGCGGUGGUGGGCUCCGGCAGGCUGCACGAGAUCGCCGGCAUCGAGACCCUGCAGGCGGACGUGGAGGUGGCGUUCGAGAUCCCGAACCUGGAGGAGGCCGAGCAGCUCGACCCCAAGUGGCUGCAAGAUCCCCGGAAAUUGUGCGCAGAGAAGGGCGCCUCCGUGCAGGGCCGUGUCGGGCCGUUCGGGCUGAUCGUGAUGGCGUCCGGCGACUUGCUGGAGCAAACCACCAUCUUCUUCAGGGUGUUCAAGCACGAUGACGCGUACAAGGUCCUCAUGUGCAUGGAUCUAACGAGGUCCUCUACAAAAGAAGGGGUGUACAAGCCAGUUUACGCAGGAUUUGUCGACGUGGACGUGGAGAAGGACAGGAGCAUAUCCCUAAGGACACUGAUCGAUCACUCUGUCAUUGAGAGUUUUGGAGGUGGGGGCCGAACGUGCAUCACAGCCCGAGUGUACCCUGAACACGUCGCAACAUGCAGCAGCCACUUGUACUUGUUCAACAACGGAUCUGAUUCGGUGAAGGUGUCCAAGAUCGAGGCCUGGGACCUUGGGACGGCGUCUGUCAAUCUUGAAGAUGUCAGUCUGCCCAUUCUUACGAAUGUGCCCGAACAAGGGCAAGCCCAACCAUAAUGUUGAGUGGUCAGUGAAGCAUGUUAGAAGUUGUAGUUCCAUUGCAGCUGUACUGCAGAUUGAUGGAUCUUUGAUCGAAUAUGAACUAAAGGCAGGGCACACCUGGGGCAUUAUGUUUUGAAUAAUAGAACUUUUUGUGAUGA